CCGAGCCCAUGGCCCGCGGUGCGCCGCUGCGGGAGCUGGCGCUGCAGCCCGAGGGAAGAGAGCACGGGCCGCCGCCGCCGGCCCCAGCGCCUUCGCGGAGGCGCCGGGCGCAGCGCACGGGGCCGGGCCGCCGGGCGGCGGGGCGGAGGGCCGGCUGUGCGAGGGCCUGCGGAGCUCGCGCGUGCAGGAGAAGCCGCAGCGCCCAGGUCAGGUUCGAGGGCGUGAGGUACGCGACCCCGAUGCCGACGCCCCCGCCGCCCGUCCAGUUCUCCAGGGUCGGCGCCGGCUUCUGCGAAGGCAGGAGCCGCGGGAAGGACUUGAGUUCCUACUGGGCGCAGCACGAGGAGUCCGAGGCCAAGUGCCGGCGCCACUGCGCCGCGCUCCAGGGGUGCGUUGGCUUCUCCUUCGGGGGCCACGACUCGAUGUGCGCCCUCCACCUCGGAAGGAAGGUCAGGAACCCGCCAGAAGGGGGGGGCGGCCUUCGCGAGCCCGGCGGGCAUCGGCCUUUACAGUCGACCUGCAUGGUGAGGAUGCGCGUUUUUCCAAGCUUGCCCUCUUGCGCAUCCUUCCCUUUCGGCCCCUCCUUGGCCGCUGUCGCGCUUUCGCGCGCGCCCCGCUCGCAGAGAGUCGGGAUGGCCUUCCAGGGCCCCUGCAUCCUUCUCGUGCUUUAUGUUUAUGCCGUUAUUUUUUGUUCCUCUGUUCUGAUACGGGUUGGCUGCAGACCGAGAGCAGCAGCACUGCCAGGCAGCCCACAAGCGUUCCAACACGCCCCGCGUGUGCCGCCGCGCCACCGUGGCGGACACCUUCCACGACGCGGCAGAGGCCCCGCCCCCGCCCGAGGGCGCCACCGAGGGCGGGCAGGAGCUCGGCGGGGAGGAGCUCCGCGGCGACGGCCAGGCCGGCGUGGCCUGCUACAAGAGGCUGCCCCCGCCGAGGCUGCCCCCGCCGAGGGGCGACGCUCUCGCGCUGCGCCCCGAGGACUCGCUGUGCGCGCGGCUCGCGAGGUCGGCGGCCGCGGAGGCGGC